AUGUGGACCCUCGAAAAGGCUGCUGUGGAUGAGUUGCGGCGCAGCAAGGGCAGGGGCACCAUCCAAGAGAGGGCGGUCGACAUCGAGUGGGCCCUGCUGCCUGGCGCACUGGCCCUCCUACAAGAGGUGGGGGAGUGCGACAUUGUGCUGGAGUAUGGCAGCAAGGCCCUCGAAAAGUGGGAGGCUCGGUCGAUGAGAAGGGACGUUCUCUUUGCGAUGGCACUGGCACACCUGGGCCUGGCUUCGGAUGCCCUGGAAGCCAAGGAAAAAAAGGUGGCUCUGGGCUCUGCGCACCUGGAGGAGGCACUAUGCCUGCUGAAGGAUGCAGGCCAGCCGCCCGUGUCCCCCAUCCUGGAGCAGGAGAUCCAGGAGGCCCUCGCGGACUUCAAGCCAGACUGCACCCUGGAGCACCUCAAGCUGCCGCUGGAUGGCGAGCAUGCGAACACGCGCAAGGCGGCCAUCGCGGUGCUGCAGGCCAUGCUGGCGCAGCCAGAGCUUGCCACGCGCCGCGACGGCUCCCCGGCCGUCACCCCCGACUUUGUGCGCACGGCAUUUGCGCGCCUGACCGGCCACGAGAUGGUGCAGCUGCUGGACUGGGCAGAUGUCGCACCCACAACCCCCCAGCUGUCAUGGGCGUACCCUGGCAUGCUGGAGAAGGCGGCUCUGGCCCACAUUGCGAUCGGCUUCGCGCAGAGGCGGCCGUCCCUUGUCCGCUUGGCAGAGAAGAUGGUGGCGUAUGCCCCGGAAAACAGUGCUCUUGUGGAGAGGGUGGUCGCCAAGUCUCUGCUGGAUGCACCAGAGGAGGCGGUGCAGCUGUUGCUGGAUGCAGAGCGACGGGGGGACCUGCGGUAUGGCAGGCAGCCUGAUGCCAGCAGCAGCGCGGGUGAACCCAGCAAUGGUGCCGCGCUGAACGGUUCAGCUCCCUUCCUGGGCCAGAUCAAGCAGCCUGAUGGCAAGGAGGCGCUGGCCUUCAUUCGCGCGCACUCCCCAGAUGGCGACCAGGACCUUCUGCUGGGUCUCUGCCAGUUCACAGAGAGAUGGUUGACGCAGGUGGCAUUCCCGCAGUUCAGGGACACAGCAGACAAGAAGCCCUCACCCUCAUUGCAUGCGUACUACGAGGACAAGCGCGUGACGAGUUUCCUGGCGCUGCGCGGGGAGGAGGCGAAGGGCAUGCUGGGCAGGGUUGCCAGCUUUGGCGAUGGCAUGGCUAGCUCCCUGGGCCGCCUCAUGCCCAAAAGCCCCCAGAAAAACGCCGCCCGCCAGGACAGUGCUGCCAGCGCCCCUGCCAGACAAGCCGGCGCCAAGGAGACUCGGCUGCCAGAUCUGGCGUCAGCCACAAUCCAGAGGCGGCAACGCGGCUGGCUGCCCGGCUGGCUGCCCUCUCCGGGCGCAGGGGCGGCCGCCUUCAUGGGCUUUGCUGUACUGCUCGGCGCUGUUGCUGCUGCGUCCAGACUGCGCCCUUCACCCAAACCCCUCCAAGUUUCAUCGCUGCCAGGCACGUCGGUUGCCACGGAAGCUGUGGUGGAGCGCAUGAAGUUCCCCUGGAAAAAGAUCUCCAACCAGGAGCUGACUGUCAAGAAAGCAGAGCAGAUCGUCCGCAGGUGGCAGGCGGCAAAAGCAGAUGUGCUGGGGCCGCGGCACAGCACUUCAGCGCUGCAGAGCACAAUUGCAGAGCCCUGGAUGUCGACCGUGAAGGCUGACGCAGCCAAGGCGCAGGAGGCCGGCUGGUUCUGGCAAUUCACCAUCAACUCCGUCAAGGUGCUGAAAGUGGACGCGAGCAACCUGACGGAGAACGGGGGCCACGCAGUCGUGAGCGCCUGGAUCGACGAGAAGGGCGACCUGUACGCAAACUCCGGCAAGCGCUCGGAGCUGCACAGCUACUCCAACCCCUACACAGUGGAGUACACGGUCAUUCGCGGCCCCGACGGCGGCUGGCGCAUCAACCACGCCCUCGUCACCGGCGGCAGAUGAUGGGCCGUUUUGGGAGAAAACUCCCAAGC